UGUUAGAGUCUCAGUGAGUCAGUGGAGCUGCUCGCACACAGACGGAGAGCGGGGGGGUAAAUAUAGAGCAGGAACGUCUCCAGGAGCUGAUUUCAUUCUCCGGCUCCGAGAGCAGCGACAGGAAACAGGAGGCGGUGCAGGAGGAACUGGACCUCACUGAUGUUCUGAGGGACCGGACUCGGGACUGAACAGCUGAGAGCAGAUUUACCUUCCAGGCAGCUCUUGGUACGAGGUCAUUUCAGUACGUGAUGAAAAGCAUCUUGCAGGAGCUGAAACUUUGAUAGGUAAAAGAUGCGAUCCAGGAACUGCACCGUGGAGGGUCCAGAUGACGGACACGUCCAGCCCACUAAAGCUUUCAUAAAGCAGGAAGACGAGAACACGCCGGAGCUCUCAAAAAGGAAGAUGAAAGUGCAACGAGAGGAGAAGGACGGGAGGACGGCAGUGUCUGGAACCACAAAGAAAACUCAGAAACCUGCAGCAGGAAGCAGGAAGGCAGGUCUGCCGGAUCUGUCGAAGAAAGACCUGCUUCAACUGCUGGGUGUCAUGGAAGGAGAAAUUCAGGCCAGAGAGGACAUCAUCGGCCUGCUGAAGUCGGACAGAACCAGACCCGAGACUCUGGAGGCUCACUACGGCUCCUCUGUGCCCAGCAGACCUCUGCAGGCCCUACAGAGAGACGCUCUGCUCACCCGCAGCAGCAACAGCACCGAGGACGUGUACGAGAAACCAAUGGCCGAGUUGGACCGGCUGGAGGACAAACAGAAGGAGACGUACAGACGGAUGCUGGAGCAGCUGCUGCUGGCGGAGAAAUGUCACCGACGCACCGUCAUGGACCUUGACAACGAGAAACACAAACACACCGACUUCAUGAACAAGAGCGACGAGUUCACCAACCUGCUGGAGCAGGAGAGAGAGAGACUCAAAAGGUUGUUGGAGCAGGAAAAGGCGUACCAGGCUCGUAAGGACAAGGACCACAGCAGGAGGCUGGAGAAGGUCAGAGCGGAGCUGGUUAGGCUCAAGUCCUUUGCCCUGAUGUUGGUAGACGAGCGACAGCUGCACAUCGAGCAGAUCGACCAACAGAGCCAGAAGGUCCAGGACCUGACUCAGAAGCUGCAGGAGAAAGAGCAACGUUUGGUGGCGGUCACUGACACCGUUAAGGAGGACGGCCAGAAAGUCCUCAAGCUAGAGGCUGAGCUGGAGCAUAGAGCAGCCAAGUUUGCACAGGAACACGAGGAGAUGACCGCCAAACUGGCCAACGAGGAGUCCCAAAGCCGCCAGCUUAGACUGAAGCUGGCUGGAUUGGCGCACAAAAUUGAAGAGCUGGAGGAGAGCAACCAGGUGCUGCAUAAAUCAGAGGAGGACCUGCAGGAGCUGAGGGAGAAGAUCAGCAAAGGGGAGUGCGGGAAUUCAUCUCUCAUGACUGAGCUGGAGAAUCUGCGGAAGAGAGUGCUGGAGAUGGAGGGCAAGGAUGAGGAGAUCAUCAAAACAGAGACUCAGUGCCGGGAGCUGAAGAAAAAGCUCCAGGAUGAAGAGAACCACAGCAAGGAGCUGCGGUUGGAGGUGGACAAACUGCAGAAGAGAAUGGUUGAGCUGGAAAAACUGGAAGGCGCUUUUAACAGGAGCAAAACUGAGUGCUCUCAGCUUCAUACAAACCUUGAAAAAGAGAAACGUGUCGUGAAAGAUCUGGCUGGUGAGCUUGAGACAGUGAAAACCCGGUUGAAAGAACUAGAGAGCUCAGAGUCAAAGUUUGAAAAGGCAGAAAUGGUCCUCAAAGACGAUCUUAUGAAGUUGAAGUCCUUUACGGUUAUACUGGUAGAUGAGAGGAAAAACAUGGCGGAGAGACUUAAACAGGAGGAACAGAAAAGUGAUGACUUAAGUAAGAUGUUCAAAGCAGAGCAGGGCAAGGUUACGGAAGUCACAGAGAAGCUGAUUGAGGAGAGCAAAAAACUUCUCAAAUUUAAAUCUGAAAUGGAGGUCAAAGUGACGACUGUCGUCAAAGAGAAAGAUGAGUUAAAAACUAAACUUGCAAGUGAAGAGGAAAAGUGUAGGGAGCUGAAUACCAAACUAAGUGGUAUGAAAAUAAAAAUGGACAGACUUGAGGAGUCAGAGAAGGAAAUGCAGAGAAAGUGGGCCAACAGGGACAAUCACAGAAAUCCAGACGACGACAACAAAAUAAAAGAGCUCACGCUGGAAAUUGAAAGACUUAAAAGCAGACUCAAACAACUUGAGGUGGUAGAAGGAGAUUUGAUGAAAACAGAGGAUGAGUACGAUCUACUGGAGAAGAAAUACAGAACGGAGCAGGACAAAGCAAAUGCCCUUUCUAAGCUGCUGGAAGAAAUGAAAAGCCAGAUCGCAAGAAACAAAGCGAUAGAGAAAGGCGAGGUCAUGAGUCCAGAGGCGGAGCUCAGAGUCCGCUGCAAGAUGGAGGAGGCUAAAACCAGAGAGCUGCAGGUGGACGUCCAGGCCCUGAAGGAGAAAAUCCAUGAACUGAUGAACAAGGAGGACCAACUCUCCCAGCUGCAGGUGGAUUAUUCUGUCCUCCAGCAGAGGUUCAUGGAAGAGGAGGAGAAGAAGAAGAGCAUGAGCCAUGAAGUGGCCAACCUCACCAAGGAGCUGGAAGCCACCAAGCGCUACAGUCGCGCCUUGAGGCCGAGUAUGAAUGGUAGGAGGAUGGCCAAUGUUGUUGUUACCUCCACUGCAGUGCAGACAGAUGUGAUGGCCAGUGAGCCUGCUGAGGAAGAGACUGCGGCCGGCUUCAUCCGGAAAUCAGUCCUUGAGGAAAACCACUUAAUGAGCAACCUCAGACAACGGGGUCUGAAAAAGCCAACAGUUCUUGAACGAUACCCUCCGGCAUCAGCAGAACUCGGGGCAGGAAAAUCCUGGAUACCGUGGAUGAAAAAGAAGGAGGCCAUCACUCUUACACAGACCACUCCCGAGAAGACAAACGGGGCGUCCUUGCUACAUCCGCCUGAGAUGACCAUGUCCCAAAAGCCAGGACAGCCACUGCGCAUCCGAGUGACCCCAGAUCACGAGAACAGCACUGCCACCUUGGAGAUCACCAGCCCUCGAGCUGAGGAUUUCUUCUCCAGCACCACCAUCAUCCCGACUCUCGGCCUUCAGAAACCUCGCAUCACAAUCGUGCCCAAGCCCACAACCGUGAACUCAAAGAGCAAUGCCCAGGAACUGAUGGGAGGUCUUGAUCGCACCAAAUCUCCGGUCACGAUAACCACCAUCUCCAGAGCCAAGAGUCCAGACAAGACCAACGGCUCCGACAGCCUUCAGUCACCGGUGUCCAUCAUCACAGUCAGUACCACUCCUGUGGCUGAAGCAUGUGCGUCACCUGAACCUCACAACGUCACCACGGGCCGCACAGUGAUCAAGGUGACCCCAGAGAAGCAACCUGUGCCAGCUCCUUACAGGAAAUUUAACGGCAAAAGCAACAUCAUCACAACAGAAGACAACAAGAUCCACAUCCACUUGGGUCCACAGUUCAAGAGGCCCUCGGAGGGCUGUAGUAGUCCAGUGCUGACCCUCGGUCUGAGCUCAGAAAGCAGCAAGGAAAUGCAAACAGGAACGGUGCUCCGGUCCCCACGCCAAUCUUCAGUGGGCAAGACGACUCAGAGCAAAAUGACAAGCAGCAUAACAAUCACACCCAUCACCUCGGCAUCCUCCAGGCCGACACAGUCAGUGUUGCUUCUGAAAUGUUUCAAAAUGAAAUCAGGUGGUGUGUGCUGCCUAGAUAGCACUCUCUCCAGCCCAGUUCGGAUGUGCAGUCAGCUCGCAGCGCAGCCACACGGAUCCCUGUGUCAAAAGGUCUGGUGAUGGAUGUUGCCUCAGCUAACACUCGACUCUGAGCGGAGAUCUGAAGGUUUCUGAAGACGGACAGAAGCUCCAGGACAAACAGAGAAGCACCGGUUCACCUUUUCACUACAGCAACGUUAUAGUUCCUCUUAUAUGUUGUUGACGUGAUGCAAACAGAGCUGCAGUUAGAAAAGAAGAGAUUUGUACAGAUAAAAUGCAGUUUGGAAUUUGCAUAGAAACAUGAUGUCCUUUAGGGUCCUUUAGGGUCCUUUCGGGUCCUUUAGGGUCGUUCCAGUGGAGAAAACCACAUCAGCCUAUACACAUAAGAAAAAAGAGUUUGGAGCUGUUGCACCAUAAAUAUGUCCCAACUCUUUGUGCUCUGCUGCAGUUUAUUUCUUCCACCGCUCCCCUCAGACAGCCUGAGUCAGCCACUGAGGGAUUCUGGGAGUCUGAGGCUGAGGCUGGGGGUUAGCUGAGGUAGUGGACUUCUCUUUUACUAAACAGCACUGUGGUUAGUUAGCGUACUGAGAGAGGAGAGGACUGUUUAAAGGAAAGUCACACUGCAAGAUACCAGAAUCAAUGAAUUCAUUUAGCUUACAAGUUAAUAAAUAAUAAGUCAUAAUUAUAUUUCAUCUGUUCUAUAAAGAAAUAAUCUGACUGCGUUCCCUUUAACCUGGCAGUGAGAACAUAUAAUAAUAAUAAUUAAUAUGAUCUUCUGGUGUGGAAGCAUUACACUCUGAGUCUGUGUGUGUUUAGAUUUGGUCGUAGACGGUUUGUCACACGGUGGAAAUUUAGUUUUACGUUGGAUUCAAAAUCUUCUUUUUAAAGUUGCUGAAUUACUGAAGUGUCUGAAAGUAGGCCGGUUGAAUCGUUGAGUGAGUGUUGGUUUAAAGUUUAUCUGAUGGUAUAAACGUAAGAACACAUUAAUUGUGUUUCUGUUUGGUUUUCUUUAGAAAAUCUCACUAUUAAAAAAACACUUAUAGGUGGUUUUAAAUACACAGGACACACGUUGUUUUACGUCUGUGUGAUUAUUCUCUGACUAUCGGGACGCUUUAAUUACUCACACAUGAUAAUAAUAUAAUACACAAUGAACUGAUGUACUUUGAACUGUCCAACAGUGGAUUUAUGUGAUUAAAAAUAAACUUAUCAACAG